CGGAAAACCCCCAUUUGGCAAACGCGCGCUCAGUCGUGACGUAAUCAGCAAAUCCACGGAAUUUCGAUUUGUGUGAGCACAGACUGACUGAUUUCGAGGUUUCGUUUGGUCAGACGAAAUGGCGCGUGAAUGUAAAACAGUGGAAGCUGCUGUGCGGCUCCAUCACCGCGUCUACAUCCGGGGUUGGUUAGCGAGAGAGGGCACGUAGCGCACGUAGAACCUCAGUAAAGGACUACAAGGAAGGACAGCAAGGACAAAAAAACUUUCAACUCCAGAUCGGAUGCUCGUUUUAAAUAGUUUCUUCUUAAGGUUUUAUCUUAAGCCCAGUGAAGCAAAACGCAACGUUCCACACGACAUCCAUGACCAGUGCCAGGCCACAGCUGAUUGGCUGCUGUCCAACACACAAGUGCAGCCGACCGUGGGAAUCGUUUGCGGUUCAGGUCUGGGGGGCCUGGCUGAGAUGCUCAAGGACCGACAGGUCAUCAAAUACAGUGAUAUCCCCAACUUCCCCCAGAGCACAGUGCAUGGACAUGCCGGCCAGCUGGUGUUUGGGACACUAAAAGGGAAGCCAUGUGUUUGCAUGCAGGGCCGGUUCCACCUGUACGAGGGCUACUCCAUCCAGAAGAUCACGCUGCCCAUGCGCGUCUUCAAGCUGAUGGGCGUGGAGACGAUGAUCAUGACCAACGCGGCUGGAGGCCUCAACCAGGACUAUAAAGUGGGAGACGUCAUGAUCAUCAAGGACCACAUCAACAUGCCGGGGUUCGCCGGAGUCAGCCCGCUGACUGGACCCAAUGAUGACAGGUUUGGCGUCCGCUUUCCCUGCAUGUCUGACGCCUACGACCGUGAGCUGCGGCAGCUGGCGCACGACGUGGCAGCGGAGCUGAGCUACAGCGACUUCCUGCAGGAGGGAGUGUACUGUGUAUUGGGAGGUCCCUCCUUCGAGACCAUCGCUGAGUGUCGCCUGCUGCACAAGCUGGGCGCCGACGCCGUUGGGAUGAGCACUGUCCAUGAGGUGAUUGUCGCCCGCCAUGCUGGCAUGCGUUGCUUCGCCCUGUCACUGAUCACUAACCGGGCGGUGAUGGACUACGACAGCCAGGAGAAGGCCAACCACGAGGAGGUCCUGGAGGCGGGCAGGCAAAGGGCAGAGCAACUGGAGAAGCUGGUGUCCACCAUGGUGGCUCGGCUGGAGCUCAACAACAACAACAACUGAACAUGCACAUCACAAAGCAGCAUAAGAUGAUUAUUUUAAAAAUGCUUGCAAGAAUUUCCUAACAAAAACUACUUAUUUUACUACUUUUUAAACCUGUUUCUCUGCAAAAUUAAUUUUAAUUUUUUAUAAACAUUUCCACAGACUGUUACUGUAAAUCUUAAGUUCUCAGAAGUAUGUCCACGGUUUCAUGCACUCCAUUAGCAGCGGCAUUGACAUUUUUGAAGUGUAGAUAUAAAUGAUGUCACACAUUUCUGUACUGUACACAUCUAACUGAAGCUCCACUGAAACUGCGACUACUUUAACUUAAUAACUUAAAAAUGAGUAUUUAUUCAGUGCUUUUACAUUCCUUGAUUUCUGUUAACAACCAACAUGGAUGCAGUGAUAUUUUCUAAUGUAGAGGACCAACUCACCUUGCAUGUUUUCUUGGCCGAAAGAUGGUGCAAAACAAUUUCAUAGACUGCAAAAAAAGUUGUAAAAUAUUAAUAAGAUAUUUAAAACAUGUAUUUAAGCAGUGUUUUUAUUUGCUUUGAGAAUAUAUAUAUAUAUAUAUAGUGUUUGAUGGACAGUUCUAGAAAGGGAUGGGACAGUUACCAAAGUAUGUCGAUAUGAUUCAGAUCUCUUCGUCUUAUUAACUUGGGCUGUCUGUGCUUUUACAGGUACUUGACUGAAAACUGAACAAGCUGCAGUAAUUUUAC